CUGUCUUUUAUAUAAAGGGAUGACGCUGUAUAAUUGUCACUAUUAAUUCGGUCGUUUGUCACCUGUAGGUUCUGUUUGUUUAUAAUUGUUGCUGAAGGGUCUGGAUCUGUUAGGUGCACUGAAAAUUUAGACAUGUUUCUGUAAGAAGUGUUUGCAAAACGUUUCUCUAAAGAAAACUAGAAGUUCCAGAAGGAACGAUGAGCGAAAACAUCGCAAAGGAAGAGACUGCAGACAGGGACGCCUCUUCAAUGGAUGGUGACUCCAGCGAAGAUGUUAGGAUAGAGAUCACCCCGCCUGAAGGAGAGGAAGAAAGAGGACCUACGCGUAAAUUGGUCGUGUUCCCAAUUAAAGAAAAGAGAGUGUCGUAUGCUGGACUAUCGUCGCUGGACAACAUCUCGGAGGACGGGUCGACCACUUCCUCCCGGCACGACCGGAGCCGGAAGACGUCCAUGUUCUCCAAUCAGCUGACCCAACAGCAGCAGCGAAAGCUUUCUUGUGACCCGUUCCUGCUUGUGAACCAGAGGAAAUAUUCGGAUAUUUUAGCACCUACCAGAAAGUUUUCUGGCGUGAACAUUCCCCCACCCCUUGUUAUACCCAGUCGGAAGGUUUCCAUCGAACCGCUUAAUUUACCGGGAGUAGCAAAGAAGUAUUCAGUGAUCUCAAUAGGUUCGGACUUUGAUGACCAAGAUACGUUCGAAACCCUUCCCCAUGCGGAUCAUUACCGACGUGAUCUCUAUGAAGUGGUCGGGGAGUUACGUCAGAGGCCGACGUUGGACGAGCUUCGUGACGAUGAAAGGAAAUCAGAGCCCCGCACGCCCCUUACCCCGAACAAACUGUUCGAAGACGAACUAGAAGACACACAAGCCCCACCCCCGAUCCCGAAGAAGGAACCCAGCGAAGCAAACAAAUUUGGAUGGAUACUGGGUGUACUGGUGCGAUGCUUGCUAAACAUCUUCGGGGUGAUGUUGUUCCUGCGUCUGACGUGGAUUACGGGGCAGGCUGGGAUAGGCCUAACGUCUGUCAUCAUUCUGCUGUCCUCUGUCGUUACCACCAUAACAACCGUCUCCAUGUCCGCUAUCUGUACCAACGGAGAAGUCAAGGGAGGUGGUGCUUAUUACAUGAUAUCCAGAAGUCUGGGACCGGAGUUUGGUGGUUCUAUAGGAGUGGUAUUCUCUCUCGCUAAUGCCAUUGGAGCCGCUAUGUACAUUGUCGGUUUUGCGGAAACUGUUCAAGCUCUUAUGUUCGAGCACGGGGCAGUGAUCACUGGGCACGCCCUGAACGACGUACGCAUCAUUGGGACCGCCACCAGCGUUCUUCUGAUCGCUGUUGUCAUCAUCGGCAUGGACUGGGAGGCCAAGGCGCAGGUUGGAUUGCUUGUGAUAUUGACGAUCGCCAUCAUAAAUUAUUUUGUUGGAACCUUCAUUCCGGCAUCAGCCGAAAAACAGUGGAAAGGAAUUGUGGGAUAUAAUGCUGAUGUCUUCGUUACCAACUUUGGUCCGGAUUUUAGACAGGGGGAGUCAUUCUUCUCCGUCUUUGCCAUAUUUUUCCCUGCAGCCACCGGUAUUUUAGCUGGGGCCAAUAUUUCUGGCGAUCUUAAGGAUCCCCAAAUGGCCAUACCGAAGGGGACAAUCCUGGCCAUCAUUAUCACAACGAUAGUGUACCUCGCCAUAGCAUGGACCAGCGGCGCAGGCGUGGUCAGGGAAGCUGUGGGGGCCCAAGUUCUGGAUUUUCUCUUUGAUCCAUCCACGAAUACAACCCUGCAGCCAACACUGGAACUCAUACAGGACUGUCAGAGAUUCAACAUGACGUGUAAAGGGGGACUGUUGCCAGACAAGGGGGCUAUUGGAAUCGCCUCAGCAUUCGAACCUCUUAUUUUGGCGGGUAUUUUCUCGGCAACGCUGUCCUCAGCUCUUGCCAGCAUGGUCGGGGCUCCAAAAGUUUUCCAGGCUCUCGGUAAAGACAAGCUCUUCCCUUUUCUGAAAUUCUUCGCCAAGGGAUAUGGUAAAGGCGAUGAACCAAGACGGGGGUAUAUUCUGACCUUCUUUAUCUGUGUGGCUAUGGUGUGUAUUGGCGAAUUGGAUUUGAUUGCACCUAUUAUUUCCAAUUUCUUCUUGAUGGCCUAUGCUCUCAUCAACUAUUCCUGUUUUGACGCUUCACUCGCGGACUCCCCAGGAUUCAGACCCAGUUUUAAGUACUACAAUAUGUGGAUCAGUUUUGUUGGAGCUCUUCUGUGUAUCGCAGUCAUGUUUCUGAUAAACUGGUGGGCGGCCCUCAUAACGUUUGUUGUCGUGGGAUCUCUCUAUCUUUACGUCCGAACCAAAAAACCUGACGUGAAUUGGGGAUCGUCAACACAAGCCCACGUCUAUAAGGAGGCACUCCAACGCACCCUGCGUCUUGUCAAGAUAGAGGAGCACGUGAAGAAUUUCAGACCCCAAAUCCUGGUUUUGUCCGGAUACCCACGAAAUAGACCUGCCCUGAUAGACUUUGCUUCCAGCAUCACAAAGAAACAGAGCCUUCUUAUAACGGGCCACGUGUUCACAGGUGAGAUGUCUGAUCAUGUGAAGAACCUACGAUCUCACGGCGCAUACAAGUGGUUUGAGAGCCGAAAAAUCAAGGCGUUUUAUAAUGCAGUGGUUACGCCAACUCUUCGAAUUGGAACUCAAGUGCUUCUCCAGGCUCUUGGUAUCGGCAAACUCCGACCCAAUACGCUGUUCUUGGGAUACAAGUCGAACUGGCGGAAGUCCGAACCCGAGGAUUUAGAAGACUAUUUCAAUAUCAUUGAAGAUGCGUUCGAUUUGAAAUACGGGGUGGGUAUUCUGAGAAUUCCGGAAGGACUGGAUAUUAACAAGAUUCCCGACGAAAGCGAGACAAAUGAUGAUGACGACGACGAUUCCGACAGAGAAGAACAUUAUGAUGACUCGGACGAGGAGGAAGAUGAAGAUGGUGAUAAAACAAAGCAGCAUGGGUCUUCUCAUCCAGAUGAGAGAAAAGUAUCCGGGGGAUCAUACAACUUUAGAGAAGCCUCCAAAGGCGCGGUAGGACCGAUAAAACUAAAGCGCUUAAAUACAGUGGAAGAGGGGACUGAAAACCCGGCGUUUGACCCAGACGCCCCCAACGGCAACACGAAGGGGGUCAGGCCAAAACUCAGAACCAUGCUGUCUUCAAUGUCCACGGCGACAUUGUCCUCCAGAUUCCAGGAGGUCCAAUACGGCACCAUUGAUGUUUGGUGGCUCUUCGAUGAUGGAGGUCUGACGCUUUUGAUACCUUACAUUUUGUCUAAGAGAAAAAUUUGGAAGAACUGUAAAUUACGAAUAUUUUGUGCUGGCACAAAGAAAGGAAACCAGUACCAGGAUGAAGUCAGAAUGUCAUCUUUACUCACCAAGUUCCGAAUAGAAUACUCUCAGCUGACUGUUAUUCCAGACAUGUGGAAAAAGCCAACCCUUACAAUGUACAAAGAUUUCGAGAGUCUGAUACACCAGCACCGUCUGAGACCCCACGAGUCCCCGGAUGAUUAUCCCUGGAAGAUCUCAGAUGCAGAUCUCCUCGCAAACAAGCAGAAGAUUUACAGAAACAUCAAGCUAAAGGAACAGCUUUUGAUUCAUUCUCCGGAGGCGUCACUCAUUGUCCUAACACUUCCGGUACCAAAGCGAGAAGCGUGUCCAGCAGCGCUAUUCAUGGCGUGGUUAGAAAUGAUAUCAAGUGGAAUGCCGCCAUUACUGUUCCUGAGAGGAAAUCAAGAAAAUGUGCUUACCUAUUACUCCUAA